UCGGCUUCCCUUCCACUUCCGAAAGGUCCUUUAAAGGGCCAGCAAAGCUUUAAAGAAACGAUUUAAAAAUGGAGACUAAAAUCAAUUGUCCCAUGAGAAUGUGGGGUGAUUAAAACCGGCGACUCUUCCGACUCACAGAAAAGCUGCGUUUCAAAUCCAAGGCAAAGCAAUUGAGCACAGCUUGCUGCAAGUCGUUUCUGAGCUAGAAGCACAUAAUGGAGCCGCCGGGGGCUGGAGUCGGAAAAACGGCUGAGUUAGAAGAGGCAGGGGAGAUCGGACUCUGCCGGCGAUCACCGCCAGUAUCGGUAGCAGCGGUACUACCUGCCGGAGGAAGCGGGGAAAGACUGGGUGGCAGCACCCCGAAGCAGUUUUGUCCAAUGCUGGGGAGGCCACUCAUUAGCUAUACCGUGCGGGCGAUAGAAAGAAUCAACUGGAUUUCUGAUGUUGUGGUUGUGGUCUCUCCAGAGAAUGUUGAAAUAAUGAAAUCUAUUAUUAGAAAAUAUGGCCAUGAGCGAACAACAGUAGUGGAAGGAGGACUAACCCGUCACAGAUCUAUUUUCAAUGGGUUGAAAGUAUUUGUAAAAGGCAAUACAUUCUGUGUUCCACUCCAGAAACCAGAAAUAAUAGUAAUCCACGAUGCUGUCAGACCAUUUGUUGAGGAGGAUAUUCUUUUUAAAGUGGUUAUGGCUGCCAAAGACCAUGGGGCAGCAGGAGCAAUCCGUCCUCUUGUCUCCACAGUUAUUGCUUCAACUACAGAGGGAUGUUUAGACCAUUCACUAGAUCGUGCCAAGUACAGAGCAAGUGAAAUGCCUCAGGCUUUCUUAUUUGAUAAACUCCAUCAAGCAUAUCUUCAGUGUAGUGACUAUGAUUUGGAUUAUGGAACAGAAUGUUUGCAUCUAGCUUUAAAGUAUAGCAAAAUAAAUGCUAAACUUAUUGAAGGACCUCCUGACCUUUGGAAGGUAACAUACAAAUGGGAUCUUUUUGCAGCUGAUUGUUUAAUCAAAGACUCUAUAUCACAGGAAGUUUGCAUUAUUACUGACAUAAAGGAAGAUGCUGUCCAAGUGGGAUUUCUCCUUAAUGAAAAAAUGAGGAAUCAUGUGAAACAUGUUAAAAAUGUAGCAAUCACCCUUCAUAAAAAUGUCAAUCUACAAAAUAUUUUGUUAGGACAGUGCUACAACUUUAUUUGCAUAAAAAAUAAAGUACCUGGCUUUGAGGAAAUCUCACUGCUGGUGGAUACACUUGAAAACACAGGUGCUUUGGUUUUGUACCCUGUUGUUCUCAUUUUGGUAAACAUGGGUACUUUAGAAAAUACAUCUUUUAACAGUGGAAUUGAAAGUUUAACUGUACUUGCAAAGGAAGUUAAAAAGAAAAAUAUUUUACUUUAUGGUCUCCUUAUACAAUAUAAAAAGGAGAUUGUAAAGCUUCAAGAGACCAUGGAUUCAGCUGCUGCACUUAUUACUGUAUUAAUAAGAGAACGAAAUCCUGCAUUUGUUGGUCAACUUCUAGUAGCAUGAAAAAAUAAUAUUUUUAGUUAUUCAUGUUUCAAAGUACAGAUUUUUUAACAAUUAAAAACUAGGGUUUGUCACUAAUAAUAUUUAGCAUGAAAUAUGCACAUUUUAAAUAUAAAAUAUUUAUAAUAAAUACAGAAAAUUCAGUUGCACAUUGCCUCAAGUGCCUUGAGCAGAAAGGAGGGGUUAUGAAAUAGGCUAAAUAAAAUAUUUCUAAGAAGAUAUAAGUGAAAAGUAAAUAUUUCUAAUAUAUAUGAGAAUGAACUGAUAAACUGAAAAAUGUUUUAAGUCUGGUUCUAUUGAACUCUAAAUUAAGGAAUCUAUCAGAAGUAUUUAUUAAAAUGUGUAUGGCUGUUAUUUUAGAGAAAUACUGUGCAGUUGUAUGCUCAUAGUUUUGCCGUUUGUGUAUAUAGGAAAAACAGGAAAAGUCCAUGUGCAAAAAUAAGUUGUUACAAUUUCUCUUUUGCUUUAUGUAACCCCUACUGUUGAUUUCAUCUUAACAGAUAAUGGAGAUAGAUCAGCUUUCCCAAAAUGUUUUCCUUCAGAUGUCCUGGAUUUCAGCUUCCAUAAUGUCUAAACACUGCUGAGAAUUUUAGAAAUUGGGGAAGACUGAAUUGUAUUUCGUGAAAUACAAUAGUAAAAUCAAAUGUAUGGGCAAACUAAAACAAAGUAUU